GGCUCUUACGCGUAUGGAAUCCGUUGCAAGUAUAUAUAUAUAUUCGUAUGUGUUUUGCGUGAAACAAUGUCAGACUGACUGAUAUGCGAUCUGCGGACAGCCCUGUCCACCAGGCACCUGUUGGAGAGUCUCUUUCGGAAACAAUGGGGGACAUUCUCAUUCUCAACCACAGCGGAUGGGGAACUUUCAACAGAAGUUUAACGGAUCAACACAAGUUCAGCAGCCUGGAAGACAUCGAUGUGACGGCCGACGGCAGCCUCGUCCUGCGGAUCAUCAUCUCGGUGGUUUACUCCGCGGUGUGCGCCGUGGGUCUGGUCGGAAAUCUUCUGGUGUUUUUCCUGAUGAAGAUCAGACAAGGACGAAAGAAAUCCAUCAUUAAUUUCUUUGUCAUCAAUUUAGCUGUCACCGACUUUCAGUUCGUUCUGACGUUGCCUUUCUGGGCGGUAGACACGGCGUUGGACUUCAGCUGGCCGUUUGGUAACGCGAUGUGCAAGAUCAUUCUAUCGGUCACUGUGAUGAACAUGUACGCGAGCGUCUUCUUUCUCACCGCGAUGAGCAUCACGCGCUACUGGUCUGUCGCAUCUGCCCUAAAGAUCCCUUCCCGAACGAAGUCCGUGUCUGUGAAGUGGAUCUGCGCUGUGCUGUGGAUCCUGGCGACUGUGGCAACAGCUCCAACUACCAUUUUCUCCACAGUCACAGAAGUGGCAGGUGAAAAACUCUGUCUCCUCAAGUUUCCAGAUGGCCACGAUUGGCUAGCUUUGUAUCACCUUCAGAAAAUUGUCAUUGCGUUUAUCCUGCCCAUGUUCAUUCUCUCAGUGUGUUACCUUCUACUUCUGAGGUUCAUCCGAAAGAGGGGCGUUAAUAACAGCCAAAGAAGACGAUCUAAAGUGACAAAGUCUGUAACGGUGGUGGUGCUCUCUUUCUUCAUCUGCUGGAUGCCGAACCAUGCGCUCACGCUCUGGGGAGUGCUGGUGAAACUCAACGCGGUGCACUGGGACAAAUCAUACUACACCGUGCAUGCUUACGUUUUCCCCGUGACGGUGUGUCUCGCUCAUACUAAUAGUUGUUUAAACCCAGUCUUGUAUUGUUUAAUGCGCCGGGAGUUCAGGAAAAUGUUACAUAGUAUCUUUUGGCGCGUCUCCACGCCUGUUCUUUCGAACGCUGGGAAAUUACAUGGAUACAGUGGAGGCUGCAAUCAGACCCAUGAUGACGCACAUAUUGGAAUUCAUUUAAACGUGAUUGACGCACAAUCCAGACAACAUACUGACAACAUUCACGGCUGCUGAUAACCGAAUAAACUGUGGACUGAUGUCUUUCUGAUGAACCAAAGGUGCUCAUGGGGAGGUUAUGAACGACUGAGCAAUUUUACAGGUGUUUUAUUUAUUUGCCCACAUACAUGCUGAAUGUCUAAUGGCUUAAAUAUGUAAAGAGAAAUGUUUGCAUCUAAACUCUUAUUUUCUGCUAUAUUUAAUUUAUUUUCAUGUUUUGAUCUUCGUCUCUUUUCGUGUGAUAGUGAAUUCACAAGAUGUGUGUAAAUAUGACAAAAAAUACACUGAAAUGUAAAUCAUAUGUACAUGAGUUUUGAUAUAUAAACUGUAUAUUUAUUUAUUUCAAUAUAAUUCUUAAAUGUAACUAAAAAUGAAAAUUCUAUCAUUUACUAUCCCUCAUAUAGUUUCAAACAUCUGCGGAACACAAAAGAUUAUAUUUCACAAUAUUUGUCACUAAUUUCCGGAGACAGAAAGUGGGUUAAGAUGUGCCAGUGGGUAAGAUGCGCCGCCACGUAAUCUACCAAACUGCGCACAUUAUUUACGCUAAAAUCUGUUUUGUGCAUGUCAGAUGUAUACAACCAUGUAAACCUCUGGACUAAAGAUAAAUGAUUAAAUUAAGCUUUUCUUAUAAAAUGACAGCUGUGGAAUAAAGAGGUGCUUCGGGGUAAGCUGUGUCAGUGGCUCAACUAACAAUGACAGAAAACUUUGCAUCCGAGCGUAGGAAUAAUAUUACAUUAAAGUCUCAUUGAUAAACCUGAAACAGGGGCAGUGUAUCAAAGAAAAGCCAAAAAUCCUUUCAAAGAAAUUGUUGCACUCCAACUAGAUAAAAAUCAUAUCGCUUCUUCAGAUGCGCAGCAGGGCAAAAAAAGUCAAUGCCAACAAAGAGAUUGAUAACCACACACUGAAUGAAUUAUAUCCAGACUAGAAAUGGUCUAAAUAUUUUCAUUUAAUAAACUGAAUAAUGCAAAGAAGCAUUUGUUUCGAAUAUAAAUCAUUUAAGACCUAUUCAAACUCACACAUCAUGUGAGUAAAAUGUCAAUUGCAUAUCAGUUAUUGAUGAACAAACUGUCUUUUCUUUGUGUAGAAAAGAUGCCAAAAAGAAUCUCUUUCAUGCUAAGAUUGCUCACCCAACCUCCUAAAAAUGUGGUUUUAAGACUUGGAUCUGUUCUUAUAAAGAGGAUUUUGGGGGUAGUAUGGAAUAAUUUUUGUGCCAAUGAAAUUGAACGUAACGUUUCAAGAAAUUAACGAAAAUAUAAAUUGAAACUGAAUAAAAUGUCUUUGAAACUGAAAAAAUUUCUACAUUUUUUAAUACACUGCAUGUUUUACUGUUUUCUCCUUUUUCUUUCGCACAACCUAAUCAGACCCAACAACAGAGAAAAGUCUACAGGAAUAAACAUUCUCUGAAAACAUUGAACAUUAUGCAAUACUUUCAGUAGCCUAUUAUAUACAUUAAUAUACAAUUAAUCCUCAAGCGUUUGAUCUCUCGCGCUCCUAAAAGCUUAUGCCGACAAAGUAGUAGCAGCAGAUAAAUACAUUUAAAAUUCAAAAACAAAACUCCUAUCUUUAUAUCACUAAAAUGAAAUGGGAAGCCGUCUACAGAUGCUCACAUGCAUACAUGUAAACAAGCUAUCAAUUAAAAACUCAGCAGCCAAUGAGAACACACCACUGCUAGCCCCGCCUUCGUGUCAGAAUAGCGAAUGAAAAAGAAGCGUAAAUUAAAACUGUGGAAAUGCAUUUGUAAGUACAGAUCAGUGAAAGAAAGAGGCAAAAACAGUUAGCAAAACAUGCAGUGUAUUAAAACAAAGUCAAAUAUUUUGCAUUUGAUUCAGUUUCAAUUUAUAUUUUAUUAGUUGUUUUUCUUUUUUGAAAAGUUACAUCCAAUUUUAUUGGCACAAAAGUAAUUCCAUAGAGUAAAGCUCAGAUCUUAUAUGCAGAUUUCAAGUCAAUUGGAUAUCCCAAUAAGUGGCUUGACACUAAACUUGCGAAAGCUCGUACUGUGCUUUAGAUCAGUGGUUCUCAAUUUUGGCCAUGGGACCCACAUUUACCUGUGGUCAUUAAGCCACGACCCUUGUUUUUUUUUUUUUAAAUGUGCGUGCAGUUUAAGAGUGCACACUACGAGCAAAGUAUAACCAAAGUCCCUUUAAGACAAGUCGGCUGCGUCUGAAAACCUAGGUAACGUUAGCUGUCUUGCUGCCUUGCUGUCUUAUAAGAGAAUGACUUGUACGGCAGCGUUUGUGCGUGAAGGCACCUCAUGAAAUUGAUUUCGGACAGACUU